GUGGUUGAUUCCAUAGGCCAAAAAUAAAAAAACGAAAGUCCGAAAUUUUUAAUUUUUUGUCUUAAAAUUAUUUCUUAACAGAUCAAUAAAACAAACGGUAUUUUCAUUUUCGUUCUGUCUCUUUCCCUCGCUGUACGAAUAGGGGGAGAAGAGAGACAAUCAAAACACCUGAUCAUUGCAGUGAACGCAGCUUAAAAAUUAGCUCCUUUGAAAAAAUUUAAUUAAAAUAGUAAAUCGUGGUCAAUCAUAAUCAAAUAAAAUGAAUUAUGAAAGUAAAGGCAUGUACUAUAAAACGGAGUAAUUUUUAUGUCAUUAUGUGUCGUGUUAUUGUUUUAAAGUUAGUGUUUCAUUAGUGACCUGACGAGUGCCGAAUUUUUGUGUAUACAUAGAAUUAAGAUAAAGAAAAAGUUGUGUUACCCGUCACUCCCUUUAAUGAAACUUAUUUAUUAAUAAUAGUGAAUGUUUUCUUAGUCUAUGUUCUAAAUUUGAGCUGCAACUUUUUGCAACCUUCUGACUUAUUCCAUUUUUUGUGUUCGAGCAAAUUUUGUGUUUUGCUCUUUUCGUGCGUAGUUUGUGUUUUGUUGUGUUCGUCUUAUUCGUUUGUGCUUUGAAAUCUUAUUUGCGCAAUUGUGAUUUUUUUAUUUAAUUAAGUUUGUUUUUAUAUACAGGCAAUUCAUAUCAGUGCAAAAUAUCACGUUUAAAUAUUUUUGAGAUGUGGUGCUCAGUAAUAGGUUCAUUUCCUGAUAAAGCUAAAAAAGUAUAUGACGACCUACAACAUAGAUUUCAAUCUGAUGGUUACGAAAUUAUUGAAAAUAUUUCUAAGAAAGUACUUGAUUACUUAUUCAAAAAGUUUGCUGAUAUGUGGAAUAAAUCCUAUAGAAAUAAAUCAAUCCAGAAAAUCAUCUGAUCGAGGACGUCCAAAAUUAAGUCUAGCAGUGUGCUCAGAAAGAACGAAGAGGCGAAGAAUAGCAGAAAUAUCAGAGGUCAAUCAGUCCGCUGCGGAUGACAUACGUUCGGUUUGCAGGCAACCGAAUCCUUCGAUAUUUCCAGCAAAGGAAUGUGAAGUAGUAGCUCUUAUAACUGAAGCUAAUUUAACAAAACAGCAAUAUGAACACAUCAAAAGCUUUGUUAACAGUAAAAUAGAGGCAAACUUUUUUCCCUGUUACAAUAAUAUUUUAAAGGAAAAACAGGAAAGCUAUCCAGAACUAAUAAGUGUUACAGAAUCUGACAUAGAAGUUUCGCUACAAAGCUUAUUGGACCACACUGCGUCUCGCAUUUUAAAGUUACAAAGCGAUGUAACAGAUAAACUUGAUGAGUCUCAUAAUUACCUCACUUUAAAAGGGAAAUGGGGCUUCGAUGGCAGCUCUGGACACAGCGAAUAUAAGCAAAAAUUUGAAAAUAAUAAUUUGGAAGACAGUUGCUUAUUUGUGACAUCAUAUGUUCCUCUUCAACUAUUUGUAAAAUCUGAUAAUGAUAAGGAACAGAAAAUUAUUUGGAAAAACCCACGACCAUCGUCUACCCGUUAUUGCCGCCCGAUUCGCAUUCAAUUUCAAAAGGAAUCAGUAAAUUUAAUUAAAAAUGAAGAAGAGUAUUUUAAAAACAAAAUUCAACAACUAACUCCCACCGAAUUUAAAACGGCUACCAACCGGAAAUUCUGCGUUGAUCAUAUCCUUCAACUCACAAUGGUGGAUGGCAAAGUGUGCAAUGCCUUAAGUGAAACAUCAUCUUCAAAGUGCUACAUAUGCCAAGCUAGACCUACGGAAAUGAACGACAUUGACAAAUGCCUACAAAAAAAAGUCAGAACAGAUCGGUAUGAAUUUGGAUUGUCUCCAUUACAUGCGUAUAUUCGUUUCUUUGAGUAUUUUCUUCACGUAUCAUAUAAACUUGAAAUCCGUCAAUGGCAAAUAAGAGGGAAAGAAAAUAAAGAACUGGUUCAGAGAAGGAAACAAAAUAUUCAGUCCGAAUUUCGUGAAAAAAUGGGUCUUAUUGUCGACAAACCAAGAACAGGUGGCAGUGGAAAUUCAAAUGACGGCAACACUGCAAGAACAUUUUUUAAUAAUCCUCAUUUAUCGGCUGAAAUAACAGGCAUUGAACAACAUUUAAUUGAAAAAUGUGCAACAGUACUGCAAGCCUUGUCGUCUGGAUAUAAAAUCAAUGUGGAAAAAUUUCGAAAACUAGCGUUAGAUACUGCAAGGGAACUAACAACAAAGUAUUCCUGGUAUUAUUUGCCUUCUUCAGUGCAUAAAAUACUUAUUCAUGCCCCAGAUGUUAUUAAAUAUGCAUUGGUAUCCAUUGGAGAGCUCUCAGAAGAAGCUGCGGAGUCAAGGAACAAGGACGUUAAGAAGUAUCGACUCAAUCAUACACGUAAAACCUCACGUAUUGCCACUAAUAGGGACCUUAUAAAUCGGUUGUUAUUAACUUCAGAUCCUUUCAUAACCGGGCAACGAAAGUUACCCUCCAAAUGUAAAACGAUUCUUUCGAAAAGUGUUUUUGAUUUGUUAGAAUAAUAUUAUUGUCCAUUUUAUUUUGUAUAUUGAUAAUAAAAUGAAAUUAAAACAUAUUUAAUAAAUAAGGAAUUUUUGAGCCUGAAAGUAUGCAAUUGAAUUAAAGCUUUAAAAUGUUAUUUUGUAUUUUUUUAUGGCCUUAACGAAUGGUUUUUGCCUUUGUUUAAUAAUGUUCUUCAUAAUAUUGAGUCUAUAAAGCAGCACAAAAAUUUUGAGCUCAAUAUUCCAACUGGAACUAUUUUUGGCCGCCUUCGCCAUACAUAAUCAACCACUGUGUC